CCAGUGCGGCGGGCGCGGGCGCGGAGGAGCGGCCCGCGGGGCCGGCUAUUAAUAACGCGGCCGCGCAGCCCGGGGUCGCGCAGCCAUGGCCAGCCCGGAGCCCCGGCACGGCGGGGACGGCGCCGCCCAGGCCGCGAGGGAACCAAGAGCAGAAGCCAGUUCUCCUGUUGAAGAGGAGAGCUCUGAGUCCCUGCAUGAGGUGGGGACUUUGGAUCUAGAUGCUACUCUGUCUUUGAAGGGGACUUUGAACUUAGAUGACAUUCUCUAUCUGGGGGACACAGGUGACCUCGAUGAGAUACUCUAUGUGGAAGAGUUGGAGAAGCCUGAGGAGACGCUGUACAUUGAGGAGACCAGGCAGCCAGGUGAAGCCCUGGGCACGGAUGAACCUGUGAACCCAGAGGAGAUCCUGUAUGUGGAAGAGCCCACGAAGCCAGAAAAGAUCACAAGCCCAGAGCAGACCAGUGAUGAGGGAGAGAUGGUCACGAGCGAGGAGAAAGCUAGCCCUGAGGAAGGCCUCAGUGCCGGGCCUAGUCCCAGCACAGAGAGCCUGAGCAUAGAGGACCUAGAGUUGCUAGAGGAGCGUUUCCAGCAAUGCGUCCAAGCUGUGGCCCACCUGGAAGAGGAGAGGGAUCAGCUCAUCCACGAGCUCGUAUUGCUCCGGGAACCGGCCCUCCAGGAGGUACAGCAAGUCCAUCAGGACAUCCUAGCUGCCUACAAACUGCAUGCCCAGGCGGAGCUGGAGAGGGAUGCACUAAGGGAGGAGAUCCGGCUGGUCAAGCAGAAGCUGUUCAAGGUGACGAAGGAGUGUGUGGCCUACCAGUACCAGCUGGAGUGCCGCCGGCAGGACGUGGCCCAGUUUGCCGAGCUGCGGGAGGUGCUGACGACGCGGGCAGCUCAGCUCUCGGAGGAACUGGCCCAGCUCCGGGAUGCCUAUGAGAAGCAGAAGGAGCAGCUACGGCAACAGCUAGAAGCACCUCCGAGCCAGAGGGAUGGGCACUUUCUUCAGGAGAGCAGACGGCUCUCUGCCCAGUUUGAGAACCUCAUGGCCGAGAGCCGCCAGGGCCUGGAGGAAGAGUAUGAGCCUCAGCUGCUGCGCCUCCUAGAGAGGAAAGAAGCUGCGGCCAAAGCGCUGCAGAAAACCCAGGCCGAAAUCCAAGAGAUGAAGGAAGCUCUGAGACCCCUGCAGGCAGAGGCCCGGCAGCUCCACCUGCAGAACAGGAACCUGGAGGACCAGAUCACACUCGUGAGGCAAAAGCGAGAUGAGGAGGUGCAGCAGUACAGGACUGUGAGCUUUCAGAAGGGAGUAUGGUUUACUUAUUUCUGCCACUCCAGCUCGGAGUUAAAUGCUGAUGAACAGCUGGAGGAAAUGGAAGAACGACAGAGGCAGUUAAGGAGCAGUGUGCAACUCCAGCAGCAGAAGAACAAAGAGAUGGAGCAACUGAGGAUCAGCCUUGCUGAAGAGCUCUCCACUUAUAAGGCUAUGCUACCCAAGAGCCUGGGACAGGCUGACGUUCUCACUUCUCAGGCAGGUGGAAUGGAGACCCAAUCUCAAGGGGCUGUUUAGAAACAUAUGGCCGAAUCUGUAACCCAGAAACAAGAACAAAAAACUUCUUAGCAAAGGAUCACUAAGUACCCUUUGGACAUACUUUUUUCCAGAGAAGGGAGUGCCAGGGACUUGGCAAGCAAUUCACCCUGGGAAAGUUACAAAUACUGGCUGACUUGUUUAAAAAGAUUCAAAGGCUGGCUGGAGGUAGAACAUCAUCAGUCACAGAUUUAGGUGGAGUCUAUUUCAUAGGCUGCUGGUACCAAUCUCGAUGUGCAUAGGGAUGGAAAAAUGACACUUCUGUUCUCUGGCAGUAAUCCCCACAUGCCCAGACUAAAGGAUGGAUAUAUGCACACACUUUAGUGUUGUAAAGAAUGUAUCUUGGCUUGUGUUGACCCAAAACAAAAAUCUUUUUUUUGGAGCACAGGUAGGGUCAAAAAGGCAGCCAAUUUUCAUUAUAUGAUUUACAAUUUGAAUUCUUUUGUGCCAUGAGCAUUGGACUUUAAAAUGAAUCCUUUUACAAAGUUUAAGUCUGUGUGGGCUCAUAUGGCUUAUUCCUAAUUGUGUUGAGAUAAUUUUCACUGCACUCUUUUAGGACUACAGACUUGGAAAGAGAAACCAAUCUGGAUUUGAACCUAAAGGUUUAAGGAUUUUCCCAAAGACUGUGCUUCAUGAAAAUGAUUUUGGGUCAGGGUGACUGGCAAAAAAACAGGCAUUUUAUUUGGUUAUGGCACUUGGUGAUAAAGGCUUGUAUUAGGAGCCUAUUAUAUGUAACCUCUAAAUACAGGCCCCAGUGAAAAACAUACUGGGGAGAUUCAACCUCUAUGGGAAAAGGUUCAAACACCUUUUCCCCAUUUAAAGUUUGCCUUAAAUGCUCUCUGCCACAUUGCCUUUGACAGUCUUGAAAGUCCAAGUAGUUCUCUAGGGAGAGAAAUUUCAAAAAGAUGUUAUAUUAGCAAAGACUAAUCCAUGUAUCUCUGGUUCAGUGUUUUAUGUCUGGCACUUUCCCUGGGAAGGAGUAAAGCUCUUUUCUAUAUAGCUCUGGAUCUAUCAUAUUUAAUUCUGCUCUUGAUAGUCAAAGACCAUACACAGUAACUGCCCUCUGAACAACUCUUCAGGAAGCCAGACAGGUGUUUGAUGAAUGUUAUAUACCCAAUAAAACCCACUGGCAUGGGGUUACGUAGAAAAGCAAUUUAUUCCAUUAUAAGCACUUACACAGUUAGUCAUGGAGAGUAACAGGCCUGCUGGUGAAACAGGUCACCCAAAAUAGAGAUGGUACCAAACUAGUGGUCAAGGACUAACUCCUAAAAAAAAAAAAAAAAGCAA